AUGUCCGGACGCGGAAAACCUUCCAACAAUGACAUGAGCCCGGAAGACGCAGCCGAGCUUCGUGCAUGGCUCCAGCAGCAAGUUGCCAUGGACAACGCCAAUGAUGCUGCCGCAUCUGCAGCCACUGCGUCUUCUGCACAGGCCGCUGUCAUGAACGACCCGCGGACUACGGUGCCAAAUCAGUUCUCCACCAACACGCCUCGUGUUGGAACCCGCACUCAGGGCUUUGGCCAGGCCAGACUUGCCUCAAGGAGCUCCAGUAGUAGCCAGACAAACCCAUAUCAAGCUCUUGGAACGACUAAGGAUACGGCUAUCGAGGUCGACGAAGACGACGAGGUUCAUGUUGAGAGAGCCAUGCCACUCCCAGGCCGGCGCAGAAAUGCUACUGCAUACACCCUGCCGCCCUCAACAGCGCAGCCAACAGCAGCCCCUGCCGCCCUUUCCCCACCCUCCACACUUUCACAGCCACCCUCGAACCCCGGGUCAGCUCGAGGUUCGCCUCCUCAACCUCUACACCUACCGCUAGCACAUAGCACCAUAGCCCCGACUGGCUGGACACCCCCUAUACCCCCUCUAGCUCACGUCAAUCGAUCUGUGCCGCCGAUCAUCUUUUCAUCGGGCUUAGUCAUUGCACAAACAACACUGCCGCCCCCUCCGCCACGUCCGCGACGUGCAGCGCCCUCUAGAGGUCGUGCCUCGUUCUCAGGAGCGCGUCGAUCCCCUGGAGCUACCGCACGAGCCCUACCACCAACAUCCACUCUCCCUGCAGCUACUACGCCCAGCCCCAGCUCCGUUAGUCCACUUUCGGCAGCUCCUGUGCAUGAUAGUAGCGGCUCUCUGGGUCUUCAUGGACAUCGGCAUACCGCCAGCGCCCCCAACGUGGCCCAGAGCCAUGUCGAAGAGGGACAGAUGGCCACCUUUCCAACUGCUGGAGCCUUGGAAGAACGGCAAGUGCCCGAACGAACCACCAGUGAUCCGGGCGAGCAUCCCGACUUCUCCCAAGAGGUUCAGAACAACCAUCUUGCCCUUGCCAAGGUAGCUCAUGGAGUCGAAGAACAUGACAGCACUGAAGUUGAGGCCACCGACGUCCCGAGUACCAUGCCAGAUCUCGCCGAUGAUGUCCCAGAAGAGCACCCAUUCCUCGCAGAUCCAGACAACGACGGAUCGCCCCCGCCACCAGAUGCAAUAGACUUUACGCCGUGGCAGGCGUUUUGGGAUGCUCCCGCUACAAUUCCCCCAAUUCAGUCUCCUACGGCUGAGGCUUCCACAGCUCCCACACCCCCAGCCCCUGCCCGCCCGGUUCCAGCUGCCACACCUGCUGGUACAGGGUGGGACAAUGAUCCAUUGAGCGACGAGAAUAUCGCCGCUACAUUGGCACGUUGGCCACGUACCCCACCAGGUGGAUGGGACGAAGAGGACCAGGAGGACCAGGAGGACGAUGAGGACCAGGAGGACGAUGAGGAAGACGAAGAUGAGAACGAAGACGAGGUUGAGCGUCAGGCUGAACGUGGCGAGGAUGUUGGAUAG